AUGAUGGUCGACACCAGCGGCGACGUGUCGUGGGUGCACUGCCGCUCCCCGACCGGGUCGACGCUCUUCGACCCCAGCAAGUCGGCCACCUACGCCCCCUUCUCCUGCAGCGCCGCGGAGUGCACGCAGCUCGGCAACAAUGGCAACGGCUGCUCCGACUCAACGUGCCAGUACGUUAUCGAGUACACUAAUCAGCCGAACAACACCGCGACGUACGGCUCCGACACGCUGGUGCUGAGCUCCUCCGACACGGCCGAGAACUUCCAGUUCGGUUGCAGGCAGGAUGAGGCGGAGGUGGAGGACAGCAUGGACGGGCUCAUGGGGCUCGGCGGCGACGUGCAGUCGCUCGUGUCGCAGACGGAGGCGACGUACGGCAAGGCCUACUCGUACUGCCUCCCGCCGACCAAUGCCACGUCCGGGUUUCUCACGCUCGGCGCGCCGAACGACACGUCGGGCUUCCUGUCGACGCCGAUGAUCAGAUGGGAACAGAUGCCGACGUUCCAUGGCGUGCUCCUGCAGGACAUAGUUGUGAACGGGACGCAGCUCAACAUACCGCCUUCCGCCUUCGCCGCCGGGUCGUUGGUGAGCUCCGGUGCGUACAUUACGCGGCUGCCGCCGGCGGCGUACACGGCGCUCAAGACGGCGUUCAAGGCCAGCAUGAUGCAGUACAAGACGAUGCCGGCCAGGAGCAUACUGGACACGUGCUUCGACUUCACAGGGCUGGAGCUGGACAGCAUCACAGUGCCGGACGUCGCGCUGGUGUUCGACGGCGGCGCGGUCGUCAACCUCGACCGUAGCGGGGUCAUCAUAGGCAACUGUCUCGCGUUCGCUGCCAUCACCAACCCCAGCGGCGUCCCCAGCGUCAUCGGCAACGUGCAGCAGCGGACGCUGGAGGUGUUGCUCAACGUCGGCCAGAGCGUCGUUGGGUUCCGGCCAGGCGCAUGCUGA